AUGAGAGAGAAUUUUAAAACAGAAAUUAGUGAAACCUUUACUAAAAGAUAAGAGACUUACUCUUUAUAAUAAUUAGGUCAAUCUAGCAUCUUUCUUGAGGAUCAAAAAAUGUCUUUUAAACAAUCUCUAUUCCUUAGAAAUAGUUAUAAUCAGGUCAGAAUACCCUAUUCAUAAACUCUAAUCUUACCAAAACCUGAUUAUUACAUUUAAAAAGAAGAGAAUAAUUUGAUUAUUUCUGGAAAAACCUAUUUAACAAAAGCCAUGGAACAUAGAUAUUUGAAAAUAUCCUGUCUAAAUGUUGUUGGUCCAUUAAGAUGUUUCAUAUAAUGUACAAGUGAAUUUUAAGUAUUAAUCUCUUAAGUUCACCCUUUCCCAACUAAUCAUAAUUGUGAAUAAGUCAUUAAUAAUAGAGGAUUUCAAAUGUCAGUAACAACAGGUGAAUUUAUUUAUAUUUCUUUUAUCUCCAGAAAAGACUCUGAAGUCACAUUCAAUAUUCAAUCUAAAAUAUAGAUCGAAGAAAAUUAUAGAAUCAAAACAUUAUAAGAUAAUCCAACUAAUGAUAAUAUACACUCUACUAAUUCUAGAUCCUUUUAAUAUAUUAUAAAUUCUAAUAAAGAAUAAGCAAGAAUUAAAAAAAAUAAAUAUUAUGAUGAAAUUUCAAGAUCUGAAAGAUUUCUUAAAGUAUUAUCAACAAGAAAUUUUUAAAAGUAAUCAUAAAAUUAAGCAAUUGUAUAAAAAAAGUUUGAUAUUAAAGCAAAAUAAUUAGCUAAUCAAGAAAAAAUGCUAUAAAGAAAACUUAAUCUUGUUUUGAAAUAAAAAUUCUUUUUUGAACAUUAAUGGGCUAUACUUUUAUAAAUAAUUAAAAUGGGUUAGAAGAUUGCAAAUAUUUAUUAUCAUAAAAAAAGAGUCAUUAAAAAAUAUCGAUUGGCUGCUUUUAAAAUUAAGUUUAUAUUAAUAGUCUUAAGAAAAUAAUUAGCAGAAACUAAAGGAUUGACUUUAAACACAAGAAUUACAGUAGAUGCUAUUAUUGCUAUGAGAAUGAGAGCCAAAAUAAUAAGUGAAGUAGUAAGAAUAAAAUAAGGUGAAUUCUUAUUACCUUAUUUUAGAUAAAGAGCAAUAUUAUAUGAUAUUAAAGUUAGAAUGCUUGAAAAAGCUAAUAAGAUUUUGAUUAUUAAAAAAUAUGUCUUAAUAUUUGAAGCCAAUUAUAUGUAAUAUAAAAAGGAAAUGAUAGCAAAAUGGGAUAAAAUGAAUGAAAAAGUUAGGGAAUAAGAAAUUAAAGAAAAGUAACCUGCAUAAAGAAAUAAAGCUAUUGUAACUUGGUUUCAAGUCAUUAAAGAUAAAGAUUUUGCUUAAUAAAUGAGAAAUUGUUUUAUUUUUGAAUUAAUGAGAGAUAGAAUUAAAAUUCAUUUAAAGGAUUAAUAAAUAAUAAAGAAAUUCAAAUUUGAUCUAAAAUACUAUAAAUAAAAAUUAAGAGUAUGUAGAGAUCCUUCAGAAGCAAUUUCUUAUAGAUAAGAGAUACAUCAUAUAACAAAUGAAAUUUAUGCAAUGCAUAUGAAAAAUUAGUUGUUUAUGCAUGUUGAUGUUGAUAAAUAUUUUCAAGGAUUGAUAAGCAAGUAUAUAGUAUUGGUUGAGGAGACUGAGAAUUUACCAGAGGAAAUCUAAAUAUCAUAAAGAUAAAAGUAAAGAUAAUCUAGAAUUUCAAUAAGAAAAGGGAUGAGAAAAUCAAAAAUAUGA